AUGGCCUGCACACAUCCAAACAAGCAUGGAUUGCACUGGCAACCAUAUUUGCUUCUCAAUCGAAGUCUCGAAUUCCCAUAUGAAGAAACACUGCAAACACUUACUCAAGGACCCAAGACUUGUUCCGAGUUCCUACUGACAGCCAAAAGUUUGGCAAACCAACUUGCUGCUGCAGGUAAUCCUAUUUCUGAUAAAGAGCUGAUUUCCUAUAUCACUAAUGGGUUGAAUCCACCUUUCACCAGUUUCAUUACCACCUACUCCUUUGCAACUCGAGACACUCAAAUCAGUUUCAACGAUUUUCAAGAUGAAUUAUUUAGUCAUGAAAUGCUCCUCAAUCAACAGCAAUCUAAGGCAACAGACAGCUCAACCAUUGCCCCGACAGCACAGCGCCCUGCCAAUCCUCAAGUCUCCAAAGGUAAAGGACCUAUGUAUCCACCUUCCCGAUAUGCUCCCAGAAACUAUUCCCCCAAGCCCAGCUAUGGCUCUCAACAUCAACCUCAGUAUCACCAAUACAACAGGAGUCCUCACCCUUACAAUCAGGGGUCUCAAUUCUCCCAGCAAUAG